AUGGGUAGUCCAACUAUUAGUGAUCAAGAAAAAUCCCAAGUUGCCUUUAUAGCAGGUAGUAGUUCUGAUAUUCAUUCAACUACUGUUGCAAGAUUGUAUGAAGGUAGACAAGGAAGAUGGGAAUUUAUGGCCGUCGGUAUUGUUUCUGUUGUUUCAAAUCGUGUAGAUAAAACAAAUUAUAUCAAAGUUUUCGAUUUAAAGGCCAACUACAGAAUCAUUUUUGAACAAGAAAUUUAUGACACUUUUGAAUUUCAAAAACAAAGAGAUUUCUUUUUUGCAUUUGAAGGUGAUUCCUGUGUUUAUGGCUUAUCAUUUGCUGAUGUAACUGAAGCAGCUGAAUUCUAUGGCCAACUUUUAAAUUGUAAACAAGGAAAUAUUGGUAAAACUGCUGCAAUUAAUCCAAAUACUUCUUCAACCAAAAUUACUGCAUCAACACCAGCACCAAAAGUUGAAAAGAAAAAAGAAAAGAAAGGUUUUAUGUCUAAAUUCUUUUCAUCGGAAGAGAAAGAUUUGGAAAUUUCAGCUCCAACCAACUUUAAACAUGAAAGUCAUAUUGGUUGGGAUCCAGAGAAUGGUUUUGAUAUUAAGAAUAUCCCACCAGAUUGGAGAAAACUUUUCCAAUCUGCUGGUAUUAAGAAGAGUGAAUUAAAGAAUGCAGAAACUGCUCAAUUCAUUGUCAAUAUCAUUGGUGAACAAAUGGUUGGUGGUUCAGCUCCACCACCAACUCAACCAGGUAGAUCAGCUCCACCAGCUCCACCAUCUUCAAACCAACCAGGUAGAUCAGCUCCACCACCACCACCAUCUGUUGGUAAAAGUGCUCCACCACCACCACCACCAUCCCAUAAGACACCUGCAGCUCCACCAUCAGGCGGAGGUGCUCCACCACCACCACCACCUCCACCACCACCUUCUAGUGGUCCACCACCUCCACCACCACCAAUGGCCAGUGCUCCUCCAUCAUCAGGAGGUGGUGGUGCCAGCGGCGGUGGAAGAAAUGAUCUUUUGGCUUCCAUUCGUAGUGGUGCAAGUCUUAAGGCUGUUGAUAAAACCAAUCCACUCCCAGAUAUUCAAAGUCUUGGUAAUGAAGGUUCACGUUCUUUAGCUGAUACUUUAGCUGCAGCUAUGGCUAAUCGUAGAGGUGGUAUGAGAGAAGAUGAUGAAGAAGAUGAUGAUGACGAUGAUGAAUGGUCAGAUUAUUAA